AUGAAGCACUUGCGGCAGAUUUUUGUCCUGUGGGUCUUCUGGGUGCUCCUCUUGUGGCUGAUGGCCCCGUGUCUGGAUCCUAGACCUGAAUCGGCCCCCCAGGAGAAACUGAUGGCCUUGGUACCACUGCAUUGCAACUGCCCUUGGCUCAAACUCAGGACAAGUGGCUGCCCAUCUGAGAUGCUAAACUCCUCCCUCCGGCACCACAGAGUUGGAGAGGGGAACGGGUUUGCUGCAUGCUAUGGGAAGACCGUGGAGUACCUGACUGGGGCGACAGAGUCCCUGACCCCUGUGCUCUGGUGGUUGGGCAUGAACUCAGCAAGUGGGCUUGGCCAAAUGUGGGAGAAGCUGUUCAAGGUGAUUCCCAGGCCCUCAGUGAGCCAUUUCCAUCUCUACUGUGGGACCUGUGCUUUGGUGGGGUACCCCACGACCCUGCGGGCCUCUGGCCUCAGCCACAACGUCAACCAGUGCACCGCAGCCUUCAGGAUGAGCCAGGGCCAUGCCCAGGGCUUUGAGACAGCGGGGAACCAAACCACAAGACGCUUCGUCUAUCCCUGGAACGCCAGCAUCCGGGGCUCCUGGAGACAGCUGGUGCUGCUGCUGCUGAAGCUUUCUGGUCUGGCGUGGACUUCAGAUGCCCCGAGUGAGGAGGUGAUGAUUCUGGAAGGUGGUCCUGUUCCCUAG